AGAAGACGUGAAUUUAUUCAUAACCAUAUAAUUUUAUUUAUGUAUAUACGUUAUAUAUAUAAAGUAAAGUAAACAUUGUAUCCCAACUACAUCCAUUCACUUUGUUUUACUAGUCGAUCCAUAUACAGUUGAAAAUCGUAAAUCAUGUCAGAAUCAAUGUCAACCCAUAUCGAUAAGAAACAAAGAUUAGAAAAAUUUCUUGAAGUAAGACCAGUGAUAAAUGGUGAUGGAAGUGAAGUAGAUACUUAUGAAGGGGUGAAUCCAUUAACUAAACCUAUGCCAAGAUCAAGAGGGGUUUAUGGUGGGAAUUUAUGUGGUCAAGCUAUUGUGGUUGCUUUAGAAACUGUUCCAGCUGAUUUCGUUCCUCAUUCAUUACAUUCAUAUUUUGUUAAAGCUGGUGAUGAUAAAAUAGUUUGUCAAUAUAAAGUUGAAAAAUUAAGUGAUGGUAGAAACUUUGCUAAUCGUUUAAUUAAAGUUUUACAAAAUAAUGAUUUGAAAUAUAUUGUUAUGAUAAGUCUUACUAAAAAGAAUUCCAUGUCAAAUUCUAUAAAGGAAUAUAAUUUGAAUGCUGAUAAGAAAUUACCUUUACCAAUUGAAUUUCAAAAAGAAAUCAAUAGUGAAUUCUUUAAAUAUUCUCGUGAUGAAUUACCUACUUAUGAUAAUUUUGAAAUCAAUAAUAUUUUCCAAUAUAAAUUUCCUCCUAAUUAUAUUGAUCAUAAAUUAAAUGAUAAUGAACAUCAAGUACUGGCAGCUGAUCGUGAAUUAUCUUUCUGGAUCAGAAUCAAUGAUGAUUCCACUGGGAAAUCAUUAACUCCUUAUAAAUAUGCUGGAUUUGGAUUAAUUAGUGAUUCAGUAUUUUUAAGUUCAUUAUCAAGAGUUUUACAUUUACCAAAUUAUGAAAAUGGAUUACCAAUAGAUAGUGGACCAGGACAUUUCUUCUCUGUAUCAUUAGAUCAUUCUAUUUACUUUCAUGAUGAUGCAUUUGAACCAAAAGAUUGGAUUUAUGUUACUUUUAAAACUCCAAGAUUUAGUAAUAAUAGAGCCAUGUUAACUGCUCAUUAUUAUGAUCAAAAUGGGAAAUUAUUUGCCAGUAUAGUUCAAGAGGGAUUAGUAUUUUUCCGUAAUGGUACGGAAUAUAAGGCUAAAUUAUAGGUGUAUAGAAGUUUGAUAUUAAGUUCAUAGGGGCAUAGA